UUAAAGGAGCCCUUUCACUGCACUUUGAGAGGCUGCCUGUGAAGCAGGGGCCGCGGCCGCCACCCUGCCCACCCCUCUGUCGGGCGAGGAGGAGCCCUUCCUUCCCUGGGCUCCGCUGCUCCUCACUUCCAGGGCAGGUGCUCCCUCUGCACCUCUGUGGUCUCAAGCGGGAGCUUGGCCCCUGCCAGCCGCUUUUCUGAGAACUUCCCCUGAGAAACUGGCUAGAACCAUGGGUGAGAGACACAGAUGUGCCGCCUGCCUGUGUCUUCUGAAACAAUACGUGUGCUACUGAUACAAGGCUGGGUGAGGACUGCAGGUCAGAAAGCACCCCCGGCGGAAACACAGGCAUCAUCACGGGGACUGUGGAAGCGCAAACGCGACUUGAGUACUGGCCGCACUGCGGAAUGCAGCUUCCUGUGCUGCUGAGGCUGGAGCUGGAGUAGGGUCUGCUGGGUCAGCUGGGUGCUGGCAAGGAGGCCAGUGCAGGGAGCCCCGGAGCCAGCUGUGGGGCGCUCCCACCUGCUCUCAGGCCCUGGGAGGAACCGUGGGUGACGGAGCUGUGCCAGCUACAGGAUCAAUUAGGACUGUGAGGAGACAGCAGCACGUGGGUCCCCCUGUCAUCAGCAGAGCUCUUCAGAGGUGGGCUCCGGCUGGCUCGGAGCUGCUGUCAGCCAGUUCAGCCUGAAGCCUGGCUAGGGAAGGAGCUGCAGCCGGUGCCCAGCUCCGCAGGUGCAGGGCUCACCCGAGCCAUGCCGGCUCACCUCGCCCAGGCCAGCCCCUCCAGUGCCCCGACCACUGAUGCUUCCCCUGAGGCAUGUGAAGACACAGUGACCUUCACUGGGGUGGAGCUCGGGGGGUCCUGGGGCUCCUUCUACUCGGCCUAUAAGACCGAGCAGCGGAUGACCCUGUGCGUGCUCUUCGCUUUCACCGCUGUCGGGAACUCUGCCGUGCUGCUCUCCACGCGGAGGAGGAAGAGGAAGUCCAGGGCGACCUUCUUCGUGGCUCAGCUCCACGCCACAGACUCUUUCACAGGCCUGGUCAGCAUCUUGACAGACAUCAUCUGGCCAUUCACUGGGGACUUCCUGGCGCCAGACCUGAUCUGCUGAGUGGUUCGCUAUUUGCAGGUUGUUUUGCUCUACGCCUCCAGCUACGUCCUGGUGUCCCUCGGCAUCGACAGGUACCACGCCACUGUGCACCCCAUGAAGUUUCUGCAGGGAGAAAAGCAAGCCAAGGUCCUCGGGGUGGCCUGGAGCCUGGCCUUCCUGUUCUCCAUCCCCACGCUGGUCCUAUUCGGGACGAGGACGCUGUCCAACGGCGAGGCGCAGGGCUGGGCUCUGUGGCCCGACGACUCCUACUGGACGCCGUACAUGACGGUGGUGGCCUUCCUGGCGUUCUUCUCCCCCCCGACCAUACUCUCCAUCAUCUAUGGCAUUGUGGUCCGAACCAUCUGGAAGAAAAGCAAAGCCCCCGAGACAGUGAUCUCCAACUGCUCAGAUGGGAAACUGUACACCAGCUACAACCGCGGGCUCAUCUCAAAGGCAGAAGUCAAGGCCAUCAAAUACAGCGUUGUCAUGGUUCUCGCUUUUGUCAUCUGCUGGAGCACAUACUUCUUGUUUGACAUUUUGGACAACUUUGACCUCCUUCCAGACACCGAGGAAUGUUUCUAUGCUUCUGUGAUCAUCCAGAACCUGCCUGCCCUGAAUAGCGCCAUCAACCCCCUUGUCUACUGCGUGUGCAGCAGCUCCGGCCGCUUCCCCUGCAGGUCGCAGAAGUCCAGAAUGACAGGCCGAGAGAGAAGCAAGAGGCACUAGCUCCAGGUUCUGUCCAAGCCAGAGUUCAUGUAGCCGGGGGAGCAGAGUGAGGCAAAGCUGGGUCAGCCCUCCAGUGACCCCGCCAGGUCCUGCAUGUGCAUGGGGCCCUGUGUCGGCCAGUGCACCUCAGCACUUCUUCCUGCACCCAGGAAAGCAUCUGUCCUGUCCUCGUCAUUCCUGACCCUCUUCUCACCGGUCCGCACCUGAGUCCUGGCGACAGACCGGCAAAAUAGACAAAGAAACCAGGCUGCCUGUCCAUGACUGAGUUACAACUGAAGAAGAAGAUAAAAGCCAUCGUCUCCCUAACACCUCCGCCAGAGGCGCUGCAGGCUCGUUCCGACAGGUCUGGAGCAGGGCACUUAGAAGCACAGUCUGGGUGAAAUGUGCCCGAAUGUCUUCUCAGCUAUUUUCCCUUCGGAUUUUUCCAUAUGUAAUAAUGGACAGUUUAAUUUGAUGAUGUACACAGCCCCACCCACGCUCCAGGAUGCACUUAUUUUUAGAUUCACGCACAUCCAUGACAUUAAAAUCUCCUUGG